AUAAGCUCAGAGCAACGUUACGUUGUCAAUUGAGCUGAUUUAAACCUCUGGGGGUGCCAUUGGCUGUUUCUGUCUUUCGUACACGUCUCUGCCUGCGCGCGCUCUCAUGGCCAUCCUCAGCCCUUUGACAAGUCCCGCUGCGGCGAUAUGGAAUGGAAUCGCAUCCCAAGCUUGGGAUCCGCUGGUGUCAGUGUGCAGGAAUGGGACGCUUUCACAGUUGCAAGCGAUCCGGCAAGGGAAACUUGUACUUUACGAAAAGAGCUCGAGCAAAGCGUCGACGGUAUUUGGAGCUGAAACGCCCGGCUGUCCAGUAGCGGUCCUCAAUGUUCAUGAUGAGAAGUUCUGGGUCCGAUUAGCGCUCUUCGCGGAUAUGGGCUUCGCGGAAAGCUACAUGCUCGGAGAAGUCUCGUCGUCCGAUUUGACUAAAUUCUUCGAGCUCUUCAUCCUCAACCGCAACUCCCUCUCCAAUGGCUCGACUUUUACGUCCAUAAUCUCCACUGGCCUCGCUGGCCUAGUCCGAGGGAGCAAUAAUCUGAAGAAUGCACGUCUGAAUAUCUCCGCACAUUACGACAUCUCGAACGACAUGUUCGCGGCCUUCUUGUCCCCAGACAUGACUUACUCAUGUCCGAUAUGGUUACCGAAAUCCGACCAGCGACAUGCAGUCGAGAGCCUCGAGGACGCGCAGAUGCGAAAGCUAGACCGAUUCAUCGACAACACACAUAUCAAAUCCACGGAUCUUGUGCUAGAAAUCGGCACUGGGUGGGGCAGCUUUGCAAUGCGAGCAGUUCAGCGAACCGGCUGCCGCGUGACAUCAGUGACACUAUCAACCGAACAGAAGCACCUCGCGGAGCAGAGGAUACAGGACGCAGGACUAUCAGACAAGAUCACAGUGCUUCUACGUGACUACCGCAGUCUCGACGUAUACGCCUCCGAUCCGUACGAUAAGAUCGUGUCAAUCGAGAUGCUGGAGGCCGUUGGCAAGGAAUACCUAAAUACUUACUUUGGGUGUAUAAAUAAGCUUCUCAAGAAAGAAGGAGGAAUAGCAUGCUUCCAAUGCAUAACCAUGCCCGAAGCGCGGUACGACGCUUACGCAAAAUCCGACGACUUCAUCCGCCGCUACAUCUUCCCCGGCGGGCACCUCCCCACCGUAACGCAGCUCGUAAACUCGAUCACCAACGGCUCGAACGGCACGCUGGUCGUUGACAGCGUGGAGAAUAUUGGGCCGCAUUACACGAAGGCGUUGCGGUUAUGGCGCGAAGCGUUCUCGGAUAAUUGGGAAGCGAAUAUCAAGCCCAAGCUCAUGCGUGAGAAGAAGAAAGAGGAUAUAGAUGCGGAGAGCGCGGAGGUGUUCAGGAGGAAGUGGGAGUAUUAUUUUAGGUACAGCGAGGCGGGCUUUGCAACGAAGACGUUAGGAGAUGUGAUAAUUACGGUGGGAAGAGAGGGCACUAUGCAGAUGAUGGAGGAGGUGCCAUUGUGAGCGACGCAUUCGAAGUGCACGGUGGUGUUCCAGAGGUGACGAUGAAGCGGUGAUAGAGCGUCUGACUCCGGAGGCGUUUCUGUUGUUGU